GUCUCUUUCCCUUUCCUCUUCUUCUACUCACCACUCUACUCUUCACGGUGUCUCAAAAGAAACCAAGAAAAAGAACCAUCUUUUCCUAUUGUUAUUAAAAAAACUAGGAAAAAAAUUGAAAAGCACACUGUUUUACUCUAGCUCAAAGUGUUCAUUCACUUUCCUGCAAAAGUCCCAGAUUCUGAAUAGGGUUUUGCAUUUCUUCUCAAUGUGUAAAGCUUGAAUAUCCUUUCAUAUCUAAGAGCUCUUUGUUGGGUUUUCUUUUUCUUUUUUUUGCUUGAGUGGAAGUGGAAAUGGGUAAAAAUGUGUUGGUCUUGGGUAUUGCUCUUUUGCUUCUUCUUGGAGGUGUCACUUCAGCUCCUACUACUUCUUCACCUGCAAAGAUCGUAAGUGGGGUUUUCUCUAAUGCCGUGUCUGCCUCUAUGAAAUGGUUAUGGUCACUCAAAGCUACCACUAAAACAGCAAUUACUGGCCGUCCAAUGAUGAAGUUUGAGGGUGGAUACACUGUGGAGACUGUGUUUGAUGGAAGUAAGCUUGGGGUUGAACCUCACACUGUUGAGAUUUUGCCCAGUGGAGAGCUGCUAAUUUUGGACUCUGCUAAUAGCAACCUUUAUCGGAUGUCUAGUUCUUUAUCUCUGUAUAGUAGACCAAGGCUGGUUGCUGGAUCCCCGGAAGGAUACCCUGGACAUGUAGAUGGGAAGCUGAGAGAGGCAAGGAUGAACCAUCCGAAAGGGCUAGCAGUAGAUGAUAGAGGGAAUAUUUAUAUUGCAGACACUAUGAACAUGGCAAUCAGGAAGAUAAGUGAUGCAGGUAUUACGACAAUUGCUGGUGGGAAAUUGACCCGGGGAGGGGGACAUGUAGAUGGACCAAGUGAAGAUGCAAAGUUUUCUAACGAUUUUGAUGUAGUCUAUGUCGGAAGCAGUUGCUCUCUUCUUGUGAUAGAUAGAGGAAACCGAGCGAUUAGAGAGAUUCAACUACAUUUUGAUGACUGUGCCUAUCAGUAUGGAAGUGGUUUUCCUCUUGGAAUUGCUGUUCUUGUUGCUGCUGGCUUCUUUGGUUACAUGCUAGCUUUGCUGCAGCGUAGAGUGGGCACCAUUGUAUCAACCCAGAAAGAUCAGGAUUCAGUUAAAGUAGAUGCCACUGUAUCGAGUCCAUAUCAGAAACCGCUGAAAUCAGUCAGGCCACCUUUAAUUCCGACGGAAGAUGAACAAGAGAAGCAAGAAGAAGGCUUCUUUGGAUCCCUCGGGAAGCUUUUUGUCAAUGGCGGUGUUUCUGCAUUGGAAAUUUUCAGAAGCGUACUUCCCGGUUUUAGAAAGGAGCCACCGAACUAUCAAUAUCAGAGCCAGCACCAGCAACAACUGAAGCAGACAAUGCCGUGGGCUGCACAAGAGAGCUUUGUCAUACCAGAUGAAGAUGAUCCCCCAUCAAUUGAUACUCGAAACCCCACUCCACGCAAAACAUACCCUUUCAUGUCCAAAGAUGCUGACAAACUCCAUCAGUUGCGUCAAAGCCGGGCUUUCUACAAUGGAUGGGAUGUUGAUAUGCAACAGCAGAAACAGCAUCAUCAUCAUCAUCGCCAUCAGACGUCUACCCCACAUACAGUCUAUGAGCAAAGCCAUGAGAAAACCAAUGAGAUAAUUUUUGGAGCAGUUCAAGAUCAAGAAGGGAAGCGUGAAGCUGUGGUCAUAAGGCCGAUCGAUUAUGGAGACAAAACGUACUAUCAUCAAAAUUUCCGGUUCCGGUCAAAUUUGGGUUACAGUGGUGGCUAUUAAAUACACAACAGAGAUUUUGCGAGUUCUUACCUCAUUCAAAGCUUUAUGUUGGUCCAUAAAAAUUUAGGAUAUAAUAGUAGUCAAGAUUUGUGUCUGGUCUUGUCGUGCAGCUCGGUGUUACUUAAGGUUCACUUUCAGCUGGCCUAAAUUUUGUACGGCUACUGGUAUUAUAAUAUCAUGAAACUCUCUGUUCUCUGAUUCA